AACGCAGUUCUCAUAUGCAGUUGUUGACGUCUUGUCUACUGCGAUAGUUAUGAGCCCGGAUACGUGCUACUGCACCCUUCUUCAAUAACUGCUGUUCACUUGUCUUUCCUCAAGUGUAUUCUAUUGUUUGUUUGAUUGUCGAAUACCUUGUUGAACGUCUUUUGCUGCCACCGUAUUGCUUGUCGCAAUGGCUGCAACCGAAUCGUCUAGUCUUGUGACCAAGACUACCGUCAUUCUUGAGAAGCCAUCUGAUUGGCAAGAAUGGCUGUUUCUUAGGCGGGAUAAAGCUACUCUUAAUGGUAUAUGGGAGUACUGCAAUCCCGACAUGUCGCAACAUGAGCUGAAGAAGCUUAUCGAACCUGUGCGACCGACGCCUGCUACUGUAGCAGAAGGAGUAACGCUUCGCUCACAGCUUACUCAUGAACAACGACUCGACUACCAGGACCUGCUAGACGCCUGGGAAUACGACCAAAAGACCUAUCUGCACCGGCAGAAGGCACUGAAUGAAUUGACAUCGGAGAUUGCGCAGACAACUGCACGAAGCAAUCUAUAUCUACUCGAAGGCAAAUCAACGGCCUACGAACGACUGAAGGCUCUUAAGGAGCACCUUUCGCCGAACACUGCAAGACGAUCACGCGAGCUUGUAGUCAAGUACAGGCACAGUCCGCAACAAUCAAUUAAGUGGGUCCUAGAAGCACAGAUGUCAAUGAGCAAGCUGAGCGAGCUCAGCCAAUUGGCUUGCUCAGCCAAUUGA